AUGGCACCCUUCUUCCCGCAUACCCGCCAAUCCAACACCUACAACAACGACAGCAGCAACGCCUUCGACGCCUCCAAACCGUACUACCGCAUCCUCGGCCUCCCCGAACCACCCACCACCCGCGUCGCGAGCGGGAACGCAUAUGCACCAGCGCGAGCACGCAUAUCGCUGGACGAGAAGCAGAUCAAGGCGGCGUAUCGCGCGGCGCUGCUGAGGGCGCAUCCGGAUAAACAACGCACUAGCUUUACAUCUACAUCUACUUCUACAUCUACAUGUACAUCGACCAGUGCAUCGGGUGGUAAUGAUAUAAAGCCAGAAGGAGGAGGAGGGGGAAGGCGGGAUAUCAGUGAGCGAGGCAGUGGGAGUAAGAACGGGUUGAUGUUUUUCACGAUCGAUGAUGUCAAGGAGGCAUAUGGUGUGCUUGGGGACGAGGCGAGGAGGAGGGGGUAUGAUGCGUGGUUGGCGCGGCAGCGAUUAUUAUCCUCCCGCAGAGGAGGAGGGGGCAGGGAGCGGGAAGAGGAUGGUGAUGGGGAUGUGGAUGAGGAUUUCGUGCUCGGCCUGGAGGUCUGGGAUUUGAGCGAUUUCGUCGAGGGGGAGGUGGACGUGGAGGGGCAGGUGGGAGGGACUGUGGAGUCGGAGUCUACAUCGCCUUCCACUUCGCCUUCCUCGCCCUCUUCUUCUUCUGCAUCUCCUUCUUCUUCUCCUCCUCCUUCCUCCUCCCCCGACGCUUCAGAACCAACCCAAACCAAGAAAGAGACAACAUGGACCCACCCCUGCCGCUGCGGUUCCGCCCCUGGUUUCCAGAUCCGCGAAUCCGCGCUCGAGGAUGCCGCAGCGAGAGGCGAGACCGAGGUGCUGGUCGGCUGCGGGGGUUGCAGUUUGUGGGUGCGGGUGGGGUUUGGUGUUGAGGAGGGUUGA